CCUUCGGACUCCUUCAGGUAAAUCCAUAAAGGUGUGUGUCAGGUGCAGCCCGGUCUUACUUCAGCGACUGGUCUAACAGCAAAAAACACUGAAGAGGGAACUGUCUGCAGGGAAUAACAGAGGCCUAACAUGCAGCACGAGGUUUGAGUGACACCUGCCACACCAGGAUGUACCCCAGCUCUCCCACCAGAGUACCACCGCAGCCCCUGUCCCUCAGCGGUCAGUACAUGGCCCCAACCUACGAGUUCUCCGCAUAUCACCCUCAUGUGGACCCCUCCACGAGCACAUGGAACCCCUACGCCCCACGGGACGAGUAUCUAUACAGCCUCCAUCAGGGGUCAAGCCCCAGCACGGGACAGGCCAACUACACCUCGCACGAGCUGAGCAACACCCCAGUGUCUGCAGGAGGGGGAGCCUUCAACAACUACAGUUUUAUUUCAGGACAGGACCCCUUUAUAUCCAGAAGGAGACCUCCUGAAUCACCCAGGCCCCCAGUUCUAGAUCUUUGUGAUUCAGGGGGGAAAACUCGCACCAAGGACAAGUACAGGGUGGUGUACACGGACCACCAGCGCCUGGAGCUUGAGAAGGAGUUUCAAUACAACAAAUACAUCACAAUGAGGAGGAAGAGCGAGCUGUCACUGGCACUCAGCCUCUCAGAGAGACAGAUAAAGAUUUGGUUUCAGAACAGACGCGCUAAAGAGCGAAAGAUAACGCGGAAAAGGCAGCAGCAUUCCCAGCAAGCGUCUACAACCACACCCACCCCUCCUGCGCUGUGUGGGCCCGCGGACACCCAUAUCUCCACCAGCCCACGGCAAGACAUUUUAUCUGAUACAGUGUCCGAGGAGUACUAAGUAAAAAUGGCAUCACAUGGACUGAUAAAGCACUGGAUGUCUCUUUCGUAAACUUUUUAUAUUAAAACACAAAAAUGAUGGAUUUCCAUGACAAGUUUUUCUGAAUAAGCACGGCGUUCCUGUUGAACUGAUCAUUUUACAAACCACAUAAACAUUUGUAGCUAUUCAUAGAUUUGUAAUAUAAUUGCAUACACUAAAGUCUUACAACAACCAAUCUGUCGAAAAGAGCAUCUCACCUCUUCUGUGGUUGUUUCACACCAUGAAAAGUUAAUGCUUGUGUUGCUGUUUUCAUACUAAUCUUAGAUAUUCUGAUAACUGGCCACAUCCUGACUGUAGCUAUAUAUUACCCAAUCACAUGAGUCAAGAUUAACGGAACAGGAGGUGUAAAAUGUGUCUUACACACGCAAGCUUAUGAACGAUAAUGACAAAAAUAAAUAUGUAAAUAUGUAUCUGAUAAACCAACUACAACAAGUUGAAUAGUUUAG